AUGGAAUUUGAUCUUCUUCUUCUUUCUCCCAUGGAAGCCAUUGCAGCACUGUUAACACUCGCAUUCCUCUUCUACUUCAUCUUAUCGACAAAAAAAACUUCAAAACUACCAUUACCACCGGAAAUUGCCGGAGGAUGGCCGGUAAUCGGUCAUCUUUUCUACUUCAACAACGACGGCGACAAUCGUCCGUUAGCUCGAAAACUCUCCGAUUUAGCCGAUAAAUACGGCCCUGUUUUCACAUUCCGGGUCGGACUUCACCGCGUGUUAGUAAUCAGCAGUUACGACGCCGUAAAAGAGUGUUACACCAAAAACGACGCCGUAUUCGCGAAUCGUCCAGCUUGUCUCUACGGCGAAUACAUUGGGUACAAUAACGCCAUACUUUUUCUAGCUAAUUACGGAUCUUACUGGCGAAACAUAAGAAAAUUAAUCAUUCAGGAAGUUCUAUCCAACUCUCGUCUCGAGAAAUUGAAACAGAUCAAGCUCUGUAAAAUCCGAAACAACAUCAAAAAUCUUCAUUCUCGAAUUCAAAAUACUGAAGAGAAAUCAGUAGUAAACCUAACCGAUUGGUUAGAGGAAUUGAAUUUUGGGCUAAUUGUACAGAUGAUAGCAGGGAAGAAUUACGAAUCUGGAGGAGACGGAGAAAUGGAGAGAUUUAAGGAAGCUUUUAGGAAAUUUCUGGUUCUGUCAAUGGAUUUUGUGUUGUGGGAUGCGUUUCCGAUUCGGCUAUUCAAAUGGAUAGAUUUUCAAGGGCAUGUGAAGUUAAUGAAGAAGACGUUUAAGGAUAUCGAUUCGAUUUUUCAGAGAUGGUUAGACGAGCAUGUGAAGACGAGAGAAACGUCAUUAAUGGAGGUUAAUGGAGGUGGUAAUGAAAGAGAUUUCAUUGACGUGAUGCUUUCGAAGAUGAGCAAUGAACAUCUUCAUGGAGGUUACUCUCGUGAUAUCGUUAUCAAAGCAACAGUUUUUAGUUUGGUCUUGGAUGCAGCAGACACAGUUUCUCUUCAUAUAAACUGGGGAAUGACAUUACUGAUAAAUAAUCAACAUGUUUUGAAGAAAGCUCAAGAAGAAAUCCACAUGAAAAUUGGUAAGGAUAGAUGGAUAGAUGACAACGAUAUUAAGGAUUUGGUGUACCUUCAAGCUAUCAUUAAGGAGGUGUUACGAUUAUAUCCACCAGGGCCUUUGUUAGUACCACAUGAAAACACGGAGGAUUGUGUUGUUAGUGGUUAUCACAUACCUAAAGGUACUAGACUAUACACAAAUGUCAUGAAAUUACAACGAGAUCCUAAAAUAUGGUCAAAUCCCGAUCAAUUCAAUCCAGAUAGAUUCUUCACUACUGAUAUUGAUUUCCGUGGUCAAGAUUAUGAGUUCAUUCCAUUUGGUUCUGGAAGACGAUCUUGUCCUGGAAUGACCUAUGCGUUGCAAGUGGAGUACCUAACAAUAGGUCAUUUGAUCCAAGGUUUCGAUUAUAAAAUUCCAUCGGAUGAACCUUUGGAUAUGAAAGAGGGACCUGGCAUGACUAUGCGUAAGGUAAAUCCUAUAGAAGUAAUAAUAACGCCUCGCCUCACACCCGACCUUUAUAAAAUUUAAGUAAGAUGUUUCUAU